CCGUUAUUCCUCAAGCGUCCUCUAGAGCUCGGCGCUUGUCUGAUCCAUUCUCUUCCCUCUUCGGGGAAGGCGGGACCGUAUUAGCCGGGCAGGGCGUUCUUUCCGCGGUCACAGGCGGCGUAGUCGUUCUAGGGGUGGGUCUUUCUUGGCAAAGGAAAACCCACCUUUUUCAUUGUUUGGAUCUCGAAGGAAUGUGAUGGUUUGAUCUUGCGGCGCAAGGGAGGGGGGUGAGUGAAGGAACUAGCGAGGACCCUGCUGAGAGCUGAUCUAUUCAUCCUCAAAAAGUCAAACGCGACUGAGUAGUUUGUCCUUCCAGAGACCUACCUCCGAAAAAUUCUCACCAUUCUUCUCCUGGUGCACAAGGUGAUCAAAACUCACUUGGAUCACUAAUGAUAGUGGAGACAAGGCUGAAAUAAAAAAAUAUAUAUAUAUUCAAAACUUCCUCCUAAAGGUAAGAGGAAGACAUGGACCUGAACUUCAAAUCUGUCCUCUGAUUUCUUCUUAAGAGUCCUAGAGCCACUUAGGAAACACUACCAUACAAAUGUUUACCCCUCUAUCAAACAGUCAUAAAUACCUCACAGUAGAUUAGUAUCAGAAAGAAAAAAUGACAGACACAACAAAUCGCCAUCUGAGACACAAGUUGCAGAGCUUAGGACGACGUCUAGAUGAGCUUGAAGAGGCCAGAGGAAAACUACAAAAAGCUGAAGAUGAACUUCUUGACAUUCAGGACAAAAUCAUUCAGGCUGAGGGGAGUAAUUCCUCACUUCUCACCGAUGUGGAGACAAUGCGAAAGAGAUUGCUCAGAAUUGAAGGCAAAGAUGAAGAGGUCAGGAAAGCGGAGGAUCUUUGUCGUGACGUUAGGGAGAAACUAGAUCAGGAGGAGAAAUUUACCAAGGAUCUUAAAGUGGAGAUUGAACGUCUUCAGCGCAGAAUGACUGAACUUGAGAAGCUUGAAGAGGCUUUUGGUAAAAGCAAGUCAGACUGUACCCAGUUGUGCCUUAGUCUUAAUGAGGAGAAAAAUCUGACCAAAAAGCUUGCAGCAGAGCUUGAUGCCUUGAAGGCACGUAUAAAGGAAGUGGAUACCUCUGAAGCUCGACUGGACAGGGCAGAAAAAUCCCUUACUGCAGAGAUGGAGAAACUAAAGGGUCUCACUCAGACGUUUGUGAAUGAACGCAAAAGACUUCUGGAAAGGCAGAGAGAGGAUGAGAAAAUCAUACUCAAGCUGACUGAGAAGCUUGAACGUCAGAAAAACAAAUUAGGCACAGCAGACCACAGCCAGUUUGAUUCUAGAGAUCUUCGAAUUGAGGAUGAGUUCUCAACAGGCCUCACAUGCAAACUGGCCAGGAAGAAGAGUUUUGAAUACUUGAAGCGUUCAGAUGACCUAGAUUUGCGAAAUGAGUCAAAGAAUGAGAAAAAUAGCUUAGAGGGGCAGGAAGAUAAUAAGGUUAAAGACCUCAGCCAAGAAGUGGAAAGAUUGAAGAAUCGUUUGAAGCAGAUGGAGAUAGUAGAGGAGGACUUGAAGAACAUGGAAUCCAAGAAUGCUGAACUGAUAGAAAAGUACCAGCAGGAGAGGAACCGUAGUCAAGCUCUCCAUGACGAGGUUGAGCAGAUGAAAAUGCAGCUCAACGGUUGUAGCAAUAGUAAUGGAAGCCUCUACAAUUAACAGCACUACAAAGGUCCUGGAAAAUGGCAAGGCGGAAAAUGAGGAGAUCAAUGUACGAGGAGGCUUCAGACAGGAGAAACCUAAAAUCCUAAAUAGGAGUCCUGCUGCUUCCGAACCAGUCACCUCCAAGUACAAAAGCAGAGAUGCAUCUCCUCAGCAGAGGCGAGAAACUAAGCUGAGGAACAAAGACCUUUGUCACUCCAGGGAAAGCUCCCCAAAGACUGUA